CCCCACUGAAGAAGAAGUACUGUCAACGGGACUGUGGGGAACAGUAAAGCUAACGACGGCCCUUAGCGUUUUCCAGAGGAACAUAUUUUAACACUCCAUAGGUAUUCAUACUCUUAACGUUACAUGUGAAGUUUUGUUUUAGUUUGAUUCAACUUGAUAAAUCAGGCUAUUGUUAUGUUGUCAACUACUUAUUAGAUGUAGCGUGGCAGGAACUUGCUCGGUUAGAAUGGGAAGAGAUGGGGGGAUGGGUCACGUUGGCUAAUCAGUCAGUGAUCUAGUUAGCUAGUUAGACUGUUAACGUUAGUUAGUUUGUUAACCAGAAAUCGUCAAUUGUGGGUGCAUAUUUGCUAGCUCAUUGUAAUCUUAGCCAUUUGAAAUGUUCUAUGAUUUCAGAUAGCCACUCCAAGCUAGCUAGCUAACCAGAGUCAGAGAGUGGAUUUGGCUAGCAGAAGACAGCUAGCUAGCUCAGCUGAAUGCUAAGCAAAAUAUUUGUAGCCGUGGUUUGUUAAACUGGUAGUUAACUAACAUAAUCGGACUACGGUGUCGAGAAUGAUGAUGUCUAUAAAGAAAGUAACGUGAGCCAUCAAUUUUUAGAAUAUGAAUGAUUUGUGAAUGAUUAGGGUCACUGGGUCAUUACCAAAAACCACAGUCCAGUCAGAUUGAUGGGCAGAAUCUAUGGCGUUUAGACUGACACAUUUUUGAUUUAGGCCAUUUGACAGUAUCCAGAGCUAGCUACCACUCUCUUGGAUGUUGACCUUUUCAGUGGGAGGGGAAGUAAGAGACAGGUUUUGCUGAGACAUGAAGUGGUAGUUAUGUGUUGUAAACAAACAAGUUACUAUCCUGGGCAUGUAGCUAAAUCAACUCACUGUAAUGCAGAUGUUUGUUGGAAACGUGUGACAACCAGCUGUGUGAGACUGACUGAGGCAUUCUGUCUAGUGCUGGUUUGACCUUCUGUCACCUUCAAACCUACCUGGUUUGACCUGGAUUUACCUUUCCCUCCUUAUCUUCCUCCUGCUCGUCUCCUCCUCCUCUCCUCUACCGGCCUGUGCUGGCGCAGCUUCAACCAUGAGGAGUGUGUACCUCCUGCUGCCCGCGCUGCUGCUUCUCCUGGCACUGCCUGUCUCCAGGGGACGCUACAACGAUGACUUUGACGAUGGGGAAGACCUGGCAGACUUUGCAGACGACAAUGACUUUGCUGAGUUUGAGGAUGUGAGUGAGGACACUGCGGCCGAGCCAGAGACGGCCCCUCCAACCCGUGCGGCCCCCCCUGCUCAGCCUGCUGAGGAAGAUGAGGACGAGGCCACAGUGGAGCUGGAGGAAGACGGACAGGAGGACGGCUUUGAGGACUCCGAUACACAGGUUAGGGGCUGCAGUGGCCUGGUAGCUUGCAUAUGACCAGGGACAACUUGGUUGGCACACUAUCCCAUGCGCUGUAUUUUUGGUUUGUGCCAGAACUAAUCCAUAUUUCAUUUUGUAUUGCUGUAGGAUCAAGACAUGUACAGCAAGUACGAUCCAGACGAGUUUGAUGGCAUGGAGAAGCCCAGCCAGUCCCUCAAAGACCCCCUGAUCAUCCACACAGUAAGUUCACUGUUAACACCAGACCAGUGACCAUUAAGAAGCCAUUGAUUCCAGACCUAUUUCUUAAACUGUACUCUGACAAUCAAGAAGCACAUCCCUCUUAAAUGUGAGUGCCAAGAUGAAACAUCUUUAAUGUUGUGGUUGUCAUGGUGAUGAAGUCUGUCCGUCUCCCCCUUCCAGGUGCCGGCCCACCUUCAGAACAGCUGGGAGAGCUACUACAUGGAAAUUCUAAUGGUGACGGGCCUGCUGGCCUAUAUCAUGAACUACAUCAUCGGCAAGAACAAGAACAGCCGUCUGGCCACAGCCUGGUUCAACUCCCACAGAGAGCUGCUGGAGAGCAACUUUGCCCUGGUGGGUGACGAUGGCACCAGUAAGGAUGCAGUGAGCACCGGGAAGCUGAACCAGGAGAAUGAGCACAUCUACAACCUGUGGUGCUCAGGUCGAGUGUGCUGUGAGGGCAUGCUCAUCCAGCUUAAGGUAUUUACAGUGUGUGUGAGUAAGAGAGAGAAAGUGUUUGUGUGAGAACUAGCUGCUGUUUCAAUGUUUUCUCUGGUCUGUUCCAGUUUGUGAAGAGGCAGGACCUGCUGAAUGUACUGGCCAGGAUGAUGAGGCCAGUCUGUGAUCAAGUGGUGGGUACAUAUGAUGCCUGCAUACAUGUACAUCACCAGUCACAUUGUCAAUAACCUAAGCGCUUACAAAUACUUUCCUAAAGGUAGACCUUUUCUGUUGUCUGACUUGUUAUAUAUUUCUGUCUCUUUUUCUUUGUAGCAAAUCAAAGUUACUCUGAAUGAUGAGGACAUGGAUACGUUUGUGUUUGCUGUGGGCACCAAAAAGGCCAUGGCCCGGAUGCAGAAGGAGAUGCAGGACUUGGUGAGGGGCGGGCCAACAUCACUAUACUCUCAUUCAUUCAGCCAUCCAGACACUAUUAACCAUCUAUGAGCCUCAGGCUGUGUGGGUGUAUGUAUUGACCCGUCUUUGUUUGUGUAUCUGUCUGUCCCCAGAGUGAGUUCUGCAGUGACAAGCCCAAGUCAGGGGCCAAGUACGGCCUUCCUGAGCUCCUGGCCAUCCUGACAGAGAUGGGUGAGGUCACGGACGGUGUGAUGGACAGCAAAGUGAGCAGGGGAGGGGACUUCUAUUGUGGCCUACUCAAUACAGUGGGGACUUUGUCACUAGGCUAUUGCAGAGUGUUCUCUCACUGUUUGUAGUGGGAGAAUAUGACACAUUGAGUACGGUGUGCUACAAUUUGAUAGACCCCUUGUUUUUCUUUCCUUCACCCUUCCACUGUCUUUGUCUUUCAGAUGGUUCAUUAUAUCACCAACCAUGCUGACAAGAUAGAGUCCAUCCAUUUCUCUGACCAAUUUUCUGGUCCAAAAGUUGUGCAAGAGUAAGUGCGCCUGCAAGCAAGACAGUUUUUCCACAACAUCUUAACUAUAUCACACAAAUGUCUUUACUCCACUCCUAUCCCUGGUCUUGUAUUAAAGCCUCUGUUAUGAAAUGAUCUACAGCCGUUUCUGUUACCUGAAGCUGCCUUCUCAACCCUGUUGUGUUUCAGAGAUGGACAGCCCUUAAAGCUGCCUGAGACCAAGAAGACGCUGCUGUUUACAUUUAAUGGUGAGCCAAUUGUCUCCGCUUGAAAUGCUUUCCAACACUGGCAUGCAGCCGAUUCGCCAUAUUUCAUACAUAGUGACUGAAUGAAAUGUUAACAAAUAUUUUAUUGUGUUUGUGCAUGUAGUGCCUGGCAUGGGCAACACGUCUCCUAAAGACAUGGACACUCUGCUACCCCUGAUGAACAUGGUCAUCUACAGCAUCGACAAGGUCAAGAAGCUCCGCCUCAACAGAGAGGUGAGAAUGGCAGGAUAAUUAGACUACUCCUACUACACCCUCAAUCUGGCCUAUUGGCAGAUGUUUUAUUUACUUUUAUCUACAGUCUUCCUUUCAUCCAUCACUGCAUCUCCUUUCUCACCCUCUAUCUCUCCCUGUGUCUGUCCUCCAGGGAAAACAGAAGGCAGAUAAGAACCGUGCCCGUGUGGAGGAGAACUUCCUGAAGCAGACCCACAAUCAGCGCCAGGAGGCUGCUCAGACCCGGCGGGAGGAGAAGAAAAGGGCUGAGAAGGAGAGGAUCAUGAGCGAGGAGGAUCCUGAGAGACAGCGCCGCCUGGAGGUCAGUUCCACCACAGCACCCCAGCAGAAUAACACCCAAUGGAACACUACACACAGGAACACAGCACACUGUUCAUCUUGGCCUUCUUUGUACCUCUUGCUCUAACUGCCUCUAUGGUCUUUCCCCCUUUUACAGGAGGCUGCUCAACGUCGUGAUCAGAAGAAGAUUGAGAAGAAGCAGAUGAAGAUGAAGCAGAUCAAAGUCAAAGCCAUGUGAGGAUAGACAGCUACAGGGAUUCAAUCACACAGCUCAGACGGUUUCCACUGCUUCCAUCCAUCUCUCUCACUUCAACGCCCAGUUCUGGCUCACAGGCUCACACAGAUUCCCAUCUCCAUGGGUGUCAAGCUUAGCUGUUUCUGUUCUCAUGGAAACACUUUGUUCAAUCAGUGGGGUUUUCCUUGGCUGUGAGUGAGCUGCUAGUGACAAGCGAGAGGGACAGAGGAGUUUUGCAUAUCAAGUCUGUCGCCACGAAGACCCGUGCCAGUUUUUUUUCUGUUUUGACUUUUUCUUCUGCCUAGGUCUUCAUUGCUCUUUUCAAAGCAAGUCGGCUCAAUGAGCUUUUUAAUCCAAUCGACAGGGAUUUGGGGGUGCACCUCUCGGUGGUAAAUAAAAUGCUCAUAUUUUAAAAGGCAUGAAGGAAUGUGAGGCUUGUUUCAUGAGUUAUUAAGUUAACACUGGAUGCUGCAAGACGAGAUGCAAAGUAUCCCAUUUUAAUUUAUAUCUAAGUGACAGUCCUUACAAGCUAUGUCUGUCUCUGGUGAAUUUCUAAGCAAACAUAAUAAAAUGCACUGGAAGCUAUUGAACAA